CUACAUCUCUCUGCUCUUCUUCAGACUGCCUGUGUAGCUUCACUGACCUGGAGGAACUGGACCAGGCAGAGCUCUAUAUGUGCCAUAGGUGUAAGAAGAGACAGAAAUCCACCAAGAAGUUCUGGGUCCAGAAGCUGCCCAAGGUGUUGUGUCUGCACCUGAAGAGGUUCCACUGGACCUCCUACCUGAGGAACAAAGUUACCACCUAUGUCGAGUUCCCUCUACGAGGCCUGGACAUGAGGGGGUAUUUACUACAGCCGGAGGAGGCGUUGCCUGACCGGUGGCUGUAUGACCUGGUAGCUGUGGUGGUGCAUCAUGGGUCAGGGGUUGGAUCGGGACAUUACACAGCGUACGGCAAACGGGAGGGUCGCUGGUACCACUUCAACGACAGCACGGUGACUCUGACGGAGGAGGAGACGGUGGUUAAAGCCAAGGCUUACAUUCUUUUCUACACAGAGAGACCUGACAAAACUACACCUGAGACUGACCGCAGGCUUUAACCUGACUUUAGACUGUUCCUGACCCCAGACUGACUACAGACUGUUCCUGACCCCAGACUGACCUCAGACUGUUCCUGACCCCAGACUGACCUCAGACUGUUCCUGACCCCAGACUGACCCCAGACUGUUCCUGA